AUGCUGAAAGACUGCUUAGAUGGUAAUGACAAAGGUAUUCGCGUGAAUUUCAGAACAAAUGGCGGAUUGUUCAACUUACAACGUCUGCGCGCCAAAACAAAGAUAAGAGAACAACUUGUAAGGGAAUUAUUAUUUGCAGAUGACUGCGGCAUAUUCCCUCAUUCUGUAGAAGAUUUACAAUCGUUGAUGGACAGUUUCGCAAAUGCGUCUAGACGCUUUGACUUGACAAUCAGCAUAAAAAAGACAGAAGUAUUAUGCCAACCACCACCAGGAGUGCUUCUAGAUAAACCAUCAAUCAUCGUGAACGGUCAAAAACUGAAAACAACUAAAACAUUCCCGUAUCUUGGUAGCACAAUAUCCGAUGAUGCGCAAUUAGACCAUGAAAUCGAAAGAAGGAUAGCAAAAGCCAGCUCCUCUUUUGAAAGACUCAAAGAUCGUGUAUGGAAGAGUCAUGAUAUCAAACUAGAAACAAAAAUAGCUCUGUUCAAAGCAGUUGUUAUAUCAACGCUCCUGUAUGGAGGGGAAACAUGGACCUUGUAUGCCAGGCACAUCAAAAAACUAGAAGCUUUCCAGCAACGAUCCCUCCGUAGCAUUAUGCGGGUAAAAUGGGAAGAAAAGACGCCACACAGCGAAGUGCUAGAGCGGGCAAAAUGUUGUAGCGUUGAAAGCAUUCUGAAAAAAAGGCAGCUUCAGUGGGCUGGUCAUAUUGUGAGAAUGGAUGAUGAACGAUUACCUAAAAUAUUGUUGUACGGGGAGUUACAACAAGGAAACCGAAUGGUGGGAAGACCGCGAAAAAGGUAUAAGGAUAGCCUGAAAGAUGCGCUAAAAUCGUGCAAUGUUCCGCUGCAAUCUUGGGAAACACGUGCAGAAGAUAGGGCUUCAUGGCGAACUGCAAUCCAUACUGGCGGUUCAAUGAUUUGA